AGUGAUUGCGCGCGAGCUCAUUAAAGUUGUGCUCAAGGCGACGUAGCGUGUUGUGCUAAAGUUUAGUUUGAUUUUCGUGGUGGACGUAUACGGGGGAUCCCACGGCAGUCCUGCCUUGGGACUGAUUCUUGCUUUGUCUGCUUGCUUGGUUAUUGGGUGCCUUGGACAUCCGGUGGGCCAUGUCUGCCGCUAACGUUAAGUGCUGAUGUGCCUAGAGGAAAAAGGCUGUACGUAGGCCUGCAGCUCCAAUGCGCGCGGAACAGCCCGAUAAUUGCUUGCAUAUUGUCCUUUUUGUUCGCCACCAUUGAGGUUUGUUGAUAGGCUGUGAUUAUUUCAUUGAGCUGGAGCUGGGGCACAAUUUUACAUUUUACAAUGGAAGUGGACAUUCGACUAGCUGCGGAGCAACCCAUCCGGGAGGAGAAUGCGCGAGAACCUGAUCACUUGGUGACACCUGGUGAUACAGUUACAGGAGAUGGGGGCUUCAUGAGGGGUCAUGGCACAUACAAAGAUGGAGAGUUUUUGGUGGCAUCAGUAGCUGGCCUUGUAAAAAGAAUCAACAAGCUGAUUUCAGUUCAACCAUUGAAGACCAGAUAUAAUGGCGAGAUCGGUGAUGUGGUGAUCGGGCGCAUUAUUGAGGUGCAACAGAAGCGCUGGAAGGUGGACACAUGCAGCCGGCUGCACUCGCUGCUGCUGCUGUCGUCGGUGAACCUGCCGGGCGGCGAACAGCGGCGCAAGACGCAGGAGGACGAGCUGGCCAUGCGCUCCUACCUGGAGGAGGGCGACCUCAUCAGCGCCGAGGUGCAGAACGUGUUCUCCGACGGAUCGCUCUCCCUGCACACGCGCAGUCUCAAGUAUGGCAAGUUGUCACAAGGAGUGAUGGUUAAGGUUCCGCCGUCGCUGGUGAUGCGGAGGAAAAACCACUUCCACGAUCUGCCGUGUGGUGCGACCGUGAUUCUGGGCAACAAUGGCUACAUCUGGAUCUGUCCCACCAUCAAUGUGGAGGAUGGUGGCACCGGCACAGGCGGCUAUGUUCAGAAUCUGGAGCGCGUGCCCUGCGCCGACCGGGAGGUGAUCUCCCGCCUGCGCAACUGCCUGCUGGCGCUGGCCGCCUCCUGGCUGAUGCUCUACGACACGUCCAUCCUGUACGCCUACGAGGCGUCCGGCAAGUUCCAGGCACGUGAUCUGCUGAAGCCGGAGGUGAUGUUGGAGGUCGCUGACUUGACACGGAAGCGGCUGGAGCUGGAAGCAGCGGAGUAACGACGCAGAAGUGACCGGUCGGCUGUCAGCACGUGCCUUCGUCGGUCGCCGUUUUUUAUGAAUACAGUGUUAAGCUGGUGA